CACUUUUGAUUUCCUCACCCUCCACAGGAAACAGGAGAAAUGCAUAGUCUUCUACACCCUGAGUGAAGACUAUACCUUUGCACACACCGUGCUCUUCCACACCUCUCUUCUUCCUUCAUCUAUUUUUGUAAACUCGUGCUGAAGAGUAACUUCCGAUCCUGACUUCCUCAAACCUCAGACAAGCUGCUGCCUCUUAACUCCGAGGUGAAUUCUCUCUGAUGAAAGGACAUCUUCGGUUACAGUUCCCGACCUGACCCUCAUGCUUCUGAGGCUCCUGCUGUUCAUCUAUGCUCCACUCUGUGAACCAACCGAGCUGCUUCUGAUAGCUAGUCCCACCCGGCCUAUAGAGGGGAACUCGAUGACUCUGAUCUGUAAGAUCUACCCAGCUCCGCAGACAGCAGGUGUCCAGCUUCAAUUCUGCUUCUUCAGUGAUGUCUGGAACCAGAGAUUGCCCUGCAACACCUCCCCAAAGCUUCAGAUUCCCAAAAUGUGGCGUGAAAACUCAGGGUCUUACUGGUGUGAGGCAAAGCCAGAGAAAACUCGAGUUAUACGGAGCCAGAGGUUCUGGAUAGACGUGCAGAGAGUCCGCGUCUCUGAUGUGAGCUUGGAGACACAGCCCCCAGGGGGCCAGGUGAUGGAGGGAAAAAAGCUGGUCCUGGUCUGCUCGGUCGCUAAGGGCACAGGAAACAUCACCUUCCUCUGGUACAAAGGGGCCAUGGGUUUCAAACUGGGCACAAAGACCCUGCGUUCCUUAACUGCAGACUUUGAGAUCCUCACGGCGAGGGAGAGUGAUGCUGAGCAAUAUUACUGUGCAGCUGACAAUGGCUAUGGCCCCAGCCUCAGUGGGCUGGUGAGCAUCACUGUCAGAAUUCCAGUGUCUCAUCCAGUCCUCACCCUCAGGGCUACUGGGGCCCAGGCUGUGGUGGGGGACAUGGUGGAGCUUCACUGUGAGGCCCAAAGAGGCUCUCCCCCAAUCCUAUACCGGUUCUAUCACGAAGAUAUCAUCUUGGGGAACAGCUCAGCCCCCUCUGGAGGAGGAGCAUCCUUCAACCUGACUGCAGAGCAUUCUGGGAACUACUUCUGUGAGGCCGACAAUGGCCUGGGGGCCCAGCACAGUGAGGCCGUGCUACUCAACAUCACAGUGCCUACCAAGGACAGAAGGGAACUUCUUACUAUAGGAGUCAUCGAGGGGCUACUCGGCACCCUUGGUCCCACCGCUGUCAUCCUACUCUUUUGUUACUGGCUCAAGAAAAAAAUAGGAAACCGGUCAGCCAGGGAUCCACUCAGGAGCCCUCCCAGCCCUGUACCCCAAGACUUUACCUCUGUCAACUCACCUACCCCAGCGCCGCCGCAGCCCGUGUAUGAAAAUGUGAACGUUGUAAGUGGGGAUGACGUCUAUUCACUGGUGUACUGUAGCCAGCAGGAACGGAAACCAGCAGCAGAGCCGCCAAGGACACUUACUGAGGAUGAGGUCUCCUUAGCCAUCUAUUCUAAGGUGAAGCAGGCAAGCAAUAUGGAUGUGGACUAUGAAGAUGCAAUGUAAAACUAUGGAAUAUUCCACCUUUUUAAAACCAUCCAUGAGCCCAAGCCUCAGAUCCAACAUGUUCUUCAGAGAGCACAGGGGAGCCGGCUUUCUGGUACACCUCACCCAGGUGCUUUGCUCCAUGAGCCUAAUCCUUCAUCUACCGUGAAGUCACUGUAAGCCCUGAAGAGACCAUCCAGGAGAACUAACGUGGAUACAGGAGUGGGAAGAACUGUGUUAUGGAAGAGCUGGUUUCCUGCUGGUUCCUCUGGGAUGGGUCAAAACGUGCUCUUAAUUCUUUUCGCAAGAGGAAAUGGUGGGAUAAAAGGGGUUGGGCUCUCCUGGUGGAGGAAUAGUGAAGCUAAGAGUGCGUGGACCCAGGGAGAGUGGUUUUGUAGAACUGCUCCAACAAGGCAGCUGUGUCCAUGGUUUUGUCUAAGUAUUUUCUCAGCACAGGCAGUAGAGAACCCCACUUAGGUUAAUCAUCAUGUUUCUGCCUAAAAUACACUAUUCAGUAUAUUUUGGGUCAAGUUAGCAAAUUAGAACUAAAACAAAAUUACAUAAAGAAUUAUGGUGGCCACACUCAAUUUUAAUAAUGUGUUAUCCAGGCUGAUCUAAAUGUCUCAAUAUUUAUGAGAAAUAAUCUCUAUCCAAAAUUCUGUGUCUGCUGCAACCUCUAGAAGGUUUGUGAAUAUAUUUUUUACUUCUUUCAUUCAUAAAUUUCUUGAAAACAUGUAUAAUAUGGUUUGGAGUCUGUGUUUUAAUUUGAAAGCAAUCGCACACUCUUACAAAUGAAAGCAAUUUGCAUAAAAAAUAAAAAAGUUGAAGCUGUCCCUGUAAUAGGACACCACAAAGGGUAGCCAUUGUUAAAAAUGUACCUUAUGACUCUCCAGAUAGUUUUGUACAAACACAUACACAUGUAUGUAAGUAUAGUUAUUUAAAAAUAUGCCUACUUAACAAAAUAUCGUGAAAUACUUUCAAGUCUGUAUAGAUCUACUGUACUAUAUUAAAAGGCUGUACAGUAUUCCAUUGUAUAGGCAAGCCAUAAUAUGUUUUAAUCCUUCCCAGCACUGAUGGACUUUAAGGUGGCUUCCAAAGUUUUCAUAUUGUAAAAACAUUGCUAAAGUAAAUGUCCUAUAAAAAAACAUCUUUUUAUGCA